AUGAAAGUACACUUGGGGUCGCAUUCAGAUUCCUUAUUCCUAACGCACAUACAGUUGCCACCUGAUCCUGAGAAGCCGCAGAAGGAGCAGCAGGAAACAGAUCAUGUAAUUAAGACCAAGGAUAAGAAGGAGAAGAAGAAAUAUGUUAGUAAGAAAAAAGAAAUCGAAGCAUAUUAUAACAAAUUGGAUCAGAAGGAGCCCAAAAAGAGACCACAAACCUCUAGAGCUUGUAUGAAUGAGCCAGAGAUAACUGCUAGUGAGCUACUUGAUGAUAAUUCUGUCCUGGUGUUCUGUAAGUUAUGAAAAUGUGCCUUCCAGCCAUUUCAAAUAAAAAAGAUUGUCACUAUGAAGAUGCUAUCUGUUUUGAGAAGUCAUUAUAACAAAAGAGGAAUUUUUAAAUUUGAUCAUUUUACUAAAUUCAAAGACACUAAAAGGACAUGUAAGGUGUGUGAUUUAUGAUACCAAAUCAUUAUUGCUGAGCAUGAUUUGAUCCAUACAACAGAACGUUUUGCAAAACUCCAAGGAAUUCCAAUAGAAGACCCGAAUAAUGAGAAAUAAAGUGGUCAAAGACAAAAAUUACAUCACUUCUGAUAUCUUCAAGUGUAAGCUAAAACAGUGGAGACUAAUGUUUUACUUUGAUGUAAUGAGAGAUUUUCCUUUAAAAGAUCUACUCAAGAAACAGAAGCUUAAAAAUGGAUUAUAUUUACAGAUGCGCUUGGCUAACUAUAUAACAAAGUUUCCGCUUAACUACAAGGAUCUCAUAGAAACUUCGAAGCCCAAGAACUCACUUAUGACACCAAUGAGAAGGAUGAUGGCUAGUCAUAGAAAAAGAUUAUCUUCUACCAAAAAUGUGCUUAAGUCUAAAUUUGUUGAUGAUGCCUUGAAGCACUACAAAGUAAAUAAGAGUCGAGAGAUAAAAUUUAAAACCAGAUCAGAUUCUUUUGAGGCUGAAAUAAGCAAGCCAUGCCAAGAAAUCCCUCGUAAGCAUGUAAAUCUGAAUUGAAACAAGCUCAGGAUUCAUUAUUUCUUCACAGAGGAUUAUACAAUAGAUUCUUUCAUUAAUAACACUGUUGUUGAUCUCCGACUGACUGACGGUGAAAGCUGGAAGGAGGUCAUUGCGGAAGGUAAGAUCACCCUAGGAUCUGUGGAUAAGGUGGUGAACUCCACUAUCCAUAACAUUGUUUAUAAACAAUCUCAUAAGGGAGAAAACCUAGAUGAAAUAAUUCGCAUGGAAAACGUUAAUGCUUAUAUGUUCUUUAAGAACAACCAGCUUGAUCCUUACUAUAUGAAAGUGAAAGUGAGUUAUAAGUUCGACCAGGAAAUCCAAACAGAAAAGUUAGAUUUGUGGAAGUACAAUGGCAUCUUCUUGCCUAAAAAUUCGUACUUCAACAGUAAUGCUUUGCCGAUUGAAUGGCUUGAGAUGUUCGAAAGAAAAGAAACAUUAGUUGAAUUAGAAGAGAAAGAGACAGAAGCAAUAAUGAGCUCGUUCAUAAAAUAGACAGAAGGCUGGGUGUCCUAUUGACCCUGUAUCGUUUCUGAACAGGAUUAAUCUCAAGCCUAAAAGGCCAAAAUCAAGCUACAAUGGGUUUUCAUUUAAAAAGCCAUGCGGACCAGUACAGUCAGGAGUUCUUGGGAGUUUCACUUACUUAGAUUCCAAGAAAGACCUAAAGCCAACUGAUUCUGAAGCUACUAAAGAUAAAAAGAGAUGCAAGAAAGGGAAAUCGCCAAAAAUUUUGACUCUAAAAUCCAGAUUAAGAACUCUUUCAGAGAUAGAGAAAAGUGUGGAAAUUGCGAACGAGAAGAAGGGAUCUCCACUCAAAAAUAAGAAAAUUUUAAAGUCACCCAAGAAAAAGAGGAAAGCAAGGAAUACAUCUUCCCAAAUGAUGACUAAACAAAGAAAGUUUCCUCUAGUCCCUCUAUUGGGUAGGAGCAAAUCCCAGGUGUCUAUUGAACCUUUAGAAGAUGAUCCUCAAGCUCUCACAGCUAAAAAUGGUGAGAAUGAUGACUGUGAUCAUACUCUACCAACAAAAAGAAAUCGCACAAAAACUAGAGAGAAUCUCAUCAAGCAAAGAAUUAAAAGUGCAAGAAGAGAUCCUUUUGGAGAUAACAAGGGGAUUGACCUAAGGAUUAAGGUAAAAAGUGCCAGAAAUAAUCAAAGCUCCAAGAGAAGACCCAAGACGGCACGAAUGAUUGCACACAGGCCUGGAAACAAAUAUACAAAGAAAAUCAACCAGUUCACAGGAAAAGUUAAUAUAAUGGCUGUUAAAGUUCCUUUUAAGUCAUCAAAGCAGACUCGAAAAGCUAUUGAUAUCGACGAUUUCAAUGUUGAUGCUGAAAUGGAUGAGAUCGAGAAGAAUAUCCAAAACCGAGAGCAUUCUAGUAUAUUCGAAUUUAGUUCACGACCAUAUGACCAGGAGAUAACUCUGACAAAGAGAGGGAAGAGGUUCUCAGAGACUCAAACUACUGAUAAAUCAGCAUCAUACUUCUCAAAGAGAAGGAAUCAGCCAAAGAAAGAAAAGCCUGUAAAAGACCUCUUUUUCUCUCAUAAGUCAGUAUUCAAAAAAGGGAAGUCAUUGAAGGACCUGAAGAAGAUGAUUUAGAUAAGUUGUGAAGUUAAAGAAUGU